CCUGGGAUUAUUAAAGUAUUUCUGUUUCUGAUUCUGAAGCGGAGUGACACCUCUUGCUGUCUCGACCCAUCCGCUCGUCCAAAAUCUCGCGAGACAUUCGCGCAGCUUUUUCCCCCCAAAUCUCGCGCUUCCCCAAGAAGACGUGAGCAGAGACCGAUCAGAGUGAUCGAACCGAGCCGAUUAUUCACAUUUACCCACCGAUUAGCGCGGAAUAACCCAGCGGCGGGAGUUACCGGAGAGACACAACAUGUCAGACAGCGAGGACAGCGACUUCUCCGACAACCAGAGUGACCGCAGCAGCGACGGGGAGGCGGAGGAGGCGGAGGACAUCGAGGAGACGAACAGCCCCGUCGGCAGCGACAAGGUAGCGGAGGAGGAGGGCGAGGACCUGGAGGACGAGGAGGAGUACGACGAAGAGGAGGAGGAGGACGAUGACGAUCGGCCGAGGAAGAAGCCGAGGCACGGCGGGUUCAUCCUGGACGAAGCCGACGUGGACGAUGAGUACGAGGACGAGGAAGAUCAGUGGGAGGAAGGAGCUGAAGAUAUCCUGGAGAAAGAGGAGGCUGAAGUGUCCAACAUCGACCAUGUGGUUCUGGAUGAAGAUCACUCUGGAUCCAGACGGCUGCAGAACCUCUGGAGAGACUCCAGGGAGGAGGCGCUGGGUGAAUACUACAUGAGGAAGUAUGCCAAGUCCUCAGGAGGCGAGCAUUACUCCGGAGGGUCCGAGGAGCUCUCUGAUGACAUCACCCAGCAGCAGCUUCUUCCUGGUGUCAAGGAUCCCAAUCUGUGGACGGUCAAGUGCAAGAUCGGAGAGGAGAGGGCGACGGCCAUCGCACUGAUGAGGAAGUUCAUCGCCUACCAGUUCACAGACACACCUCUGCAGAUCAAGUCCGUGGUCGCCCCGGAUCACGUUAAAGGUUACAUCUAUGUGGAGUCGUACAAGCAGACGCACGUCAAGUCGGCCAUCGAAGGCAUCGGCAACCUGAGGAUGGGCCUCUGGAACCAGCAGAUGGUUCCCAUCAAAGAGAUGACGGACGUCCUCAAGGUGGUCAAAGAGGUCACCAACCUGAAGCCCAAGUCCUGGGUCCGGCUGAAGAGAGGCCUGUACAAGGACGACAUCGCUCAGGUGGACUACGUGGAGCCGAGUCAGAACACCAUCUCCCUGAAGAUGAUCCCUCGUAUAGACCUGGACCGUAUCAAGGCCAAGAUGAGCCUGAAAGACUGGUUUGCUAAGAGGAAGAAGUUCAAGAGACCUGCUCAGAGGCUGUUUGAUGCAGAAAAGAUCAGGUCCCUCGGAGGGGAGGUCAGCCACGACGGAGACUUCAUGAUCUUUGAGGGGAACCGUUACAGCCGCAAAGGGUUCCUGUUCAAGAGCUUUGCGAUGUCUGCCGUGAUCACAGAUGGAGUGAAGCCCACGCUGUCAGAGCUGGAGAAGUUUGAGGACCAGCCCGAAGGAAUCGACCUGGAGGUGGUCACAGAGUCGGGUAAGGAGCGGGAACACAACCUGCAGGCCGGUGACAACGUGGAGGUGUGUGAGGGAGAGUUGAUCAACCUGCAGGGAAAAAUCCUCAGUGUGGACGGCAACAAGAUCACCAUCAUGCCCAAACACGAAGACCUCAAGGACCCGCUGGAGUUCCCGGCUCACGAGUUGAGGAAAUAUUUCCGGAUGGGCGACCACGUGAAGGUGAUCGCCGGGCGGUACGAGGGCGACACAGGCCUCAUCGUCAGAGUGGAGGAGAACUUCGUCAUCCUCUUCUCCGACCUCACCAUGCACGAGCUGAAGGUGUUGCCCAGAGACCUGCAGCUCUGCUCGGAGACAGCGUCGGGCGUCGACGCGGGAGGGCAGCACGAGUGGGGCGAGCUGGUCCAACUGGACCCGCAGACCGUCGGAGUCAUCGUCCGACUGGAGAGGGAGACGUUUCAGGUGCUGAACAUGCACGGGAAGGUUAUGACGGUGCGGCAUCAGGCGGUGAACCGCAGGAAGGACAACCGCUUCGCUGUGGCUCUGGACUCGGAGCAGAACAACAUCCACGUCAAAGACAUCGUGAAGGUCAUCGACGGGCCGCACUCUGGCCGUGAAGGAGAGAUCCGUCACCUGUUUCGAGGCUUCGCCUUCCUCCACUGUAAAAAGCUGGUGGAGAACGGAGGCAUGUUCGUAUGUAAGACCAGACACCUGGUGCUGGCUGGUGGAUCCAAGCCCAGAGACGGUGGACCAACUUCACUGGGGAGGUUUCUGCCCCAAUGAGUCCUCGCGAUCAGCAGUCCCAUGCACCACGGUGGAGGGAGUGCUCCACAGAGAGGAGGAGGAGGAGGUGGAGGAGGGAUGGGGCGGGGCAGAGGACGAAGAGACAAUGAGCUGAUUGGUCAGACUGUCCGCAUCUCCCAGGGCCCUUACAAAGGUUACAUCGGUGUGGUGAAGGAUGCAACAGAGUCUACAGCCAGAGUCGAGCUGCACUCCACCUGUCAGACCAUCUCUGUAGACCGACAGCGAUUAACCACAAUGGGAGCCAAGAGACACAGUGGAAUGACCUCCACCCAUGGACGUACGCCCAUGUACGGUUCCCAGACUCCCAUGUAUGGUACCGGCUCCAGAACGCCCAUGUAUGGCUCUCAGACGCCGCUACAUGACGGAAGCCGUACGCCUCAUUACGGCUCUCAGACCCCACUGCAUGAUGGGAGCAGAACGCCGGGGCAGAGUGGAGCCUGGGACCCCAGCAACCCCAACACACCUUCCAGAAACGAAGAGGAGUACGACUUCGGCUACGACGACGAGCCCUCCCCGUCCCCGCAGGGCUACACCGGGACCCCCAACCCCCAGACCCCGGGUUACCCAGAAGUCCCGUCUCCACAAGUCAACCCUCAGUACAACCCUCAGACACCUGGCACGCCUGCAAUGGAGGGAUGUGUUCAGUGUUCAUGCAGGAGUCAGAGAAGGUGGUCAGUGUCAGCAGUGAUCACCUGGAGCCCGUCACUCCCACCAAGAACAACAAGGUGAAGGUGAUUCUGGGAGAAGACCGCGAGGCGACGGGGAUCCUGCUGAGCAUUGACGGCGACGACGGCAUCGUCCGCAUGGAGCUGGACGACCAGCUGAAGAUCCUCAACCUGAGGUUCCUGGGACGCCUCGAGCACUGAGAGACGGGAGGGACGGACGGAGGGAGGGACGGAGGGACAGAAACUCAAACACAGACACACAGGAGAGGACUAAGAGAAUAAUGGCUGUAUUAUCUCAGACGCAGGCAGACAUGUUUUUAUUACUUUAAGCAGCACACACACACAGACAGCAGUCUCUCUCUCUCUCUCGUCCUUUUUUGUUUUUUGUUUUUUUUAAUUUUUUGUUAGCUUUACUGUUUUCUUAGCAGUGGUCCGACUCUGUUUUUAGUGCUUUCUGAAUGUUCUGUCAGUACUUUUGGUUUUCUGGGUGGAGGAGGGUUAAAAAAACUAAAUGUAUCAUGUCAAUAAACUGUGUACCAGUUGA